AUGACAGACGGGUCUCACAUUGGUGUUCUCCGGAUUGUACCUUCAAGCUUGUUUAUGAUACAGAGUGAAAGUGAGGAAAUACCAUCGCUCUGCGAACUCAAGGAUGCGUGCAGUGGCUGGCUGACUCAUUACCAGAUCUUCACUACCGAGCAGAAGCCUCAUCUGACCAUGGACAUAAGCAUUACUUUGGAUGAGAACGAAGUUUUCUUACACAUGCACCAAUCGCUUUGGUUUGGGACUUGUAUACCACAAUCGCCACAAGAAGUGGGCUCUCUUUUCAAAAUUCAGUUUCCCGUUGCAAUCGGACCAUCUCUUGACGCAUUCACAGUGCUACGAGAUGUAUACAAGAUACAUGCUCAGGAUAAUCCUGGUCUCGAUAGAUCAUACACGGCAUCCCGCAUCGCUUUCGACUUCAACCCGGAUGUGGCUCAACGAUGGCAAACGUCCUACUUCACAACCAGACUCGCCAAAAGAAUGGAAAGUCUCAUAUGGGGAUGCACAGAAGACGCUAUCCCCAUAGUGGCUGAAACAUAUGCUUAUUUCCUAACCUUUACCCCGGAUGAACGUUACCUUCUUUUUCGGGAUGAAGAGGAGCGGGCUUUCGUAAGUCUUGUUCUCUUCGAACUUCAAGACCCGGUUCAGGGAUUUUGGUCGCUCGUCGCGUGGACCCAACGGGUGCUGCCAAUUGGGAAGCAGGUGAGCCUGUCAUUUUGUCAAACUCAACCCUUGGCGGCGAUAUCUUUCGAGGCCCAAGUAUUUCUCUGGCCUUUCAAGUCUGAGUCGCCCAAACUCUUCGUGUGUCGCCACGACGCCGUCGGUCCAGUGGGCAGGCUGAUUGAUCUCUCGGAGUGCGGGUCAUACCUCGUAAUACGGGAAGGCUCCUCGUCCCCCUCGCAAGUCCUGCCGGUCCCAUCUUGUAUUCGCCGCCUCUUGUCAGAGGGUGAACCGCGCGCUAGACAAGGGGCCGUGGAGAUUGCACAGGGAGGGGACCUGAUACAAUUCGGUAACAAUAAUUUGUCUCUUGCGGGAUUAGGCAUUGGCUCUGGCAGCCUCAUACCCAAGAACUCCAGCAUUGUGGCCGCCGAUGGAAGAGCAAAAGGCAUCGGCGUGGUACGCUCAUCCGAUAGAGUAACAAUCCAACUAUGGGAAAGCUCGGGCGCAAGUGCAGACAUGCGCGAGACUCAGGUUGAACUCACAAAGCUGCCGGAGUGGGAUUGCGUGGAGUCGGCCGCCGCGUCGAUUCCGGCUCCACGGGCUGGAGAUGACGAGAUCAAGGUCAUUUUGAACAAGAAGCAGAGGCGAUAG